UAUAAGCCAGGCACUCCGUGCAUGACGUCACAGCGUAGAACGGCUUCACCCAGUGCCCAUAUACGAAUUCCCAAUUGAAAGAGAUUGUGACCCGAUCGAGGUCAAUCGUUGCUACAGACGCGCAAUGGAUAGUCUACGCGCGCGUCGUCUGUACGGGCCGCGCCGGGCGCGGGUCAUAAGUCAUAUGAUUUCGCGGCAAAAUUAAACCAAAAAUUUUAAUAUUUCUUGCCGGCGGGCGAUAUAGCGCGCCACUAGCCUAGCAAGGCUUGUUGCAGCAUGCAGAGCGACAACGAUCGUGCCGAUGCUCAGUAAGAUGGAGUGGAUGCCUAGCUGCUUCAGGCUGGAAAGCCAAACGGAUAAUCAUUCAUUUGGAUGGGUCUCCAAUGAAGAUGAGCUGAACACAGUUCUUGAUUGCCACAGUCGGGCAUCGAUGACAUCUUAUGUAUUUUGGUCUGAUGAUCUGAAGAAACAAUCAAGAAAGCUGAAAGAAAGCAGAAGGUUGCUUUGGAAGCUUCACAGCAUUGAUGAUGGAGUACCACUUAUGGUUGACCGGACAAUCAUAAGGUCAUGCCAAUAUGGCAAACCCCACAAGAGGCCCGUCAAGCAGGAGAGUAUGGCACUGGAUCCUGAGCAUGCAUACAGCUCCAAGAGCAAGAGCAGAUUCGCCACUCAAACCACCAGGAAAGUGUGCUGCAGAGCCCAAAUCAUCAUCCGUUAUGUUAGCAGAUUUGAAUCAUUUAAAAUGCCACUGAAUGCAAGCAGGCAAACCCGUCAGCAAGCACUUGAUGCAAUCCAUGGCAGCUAUAUGAGCAACACAUCAUCUCCUGUUAGCUCUACAAGACGGAUAUACCUUCAGCUGCCUAAGGUCACAGCCCACACUGGCCAUGAUGUCACUCAAGAAGAAGGCUUCUCCCAUCGCAUCCAUCCUAUGGUCAAGGCAAAAAUAUACCAGCUUGUUGGGUCAGGAAUCACAUCGUGUCCACUAAUUAAAACACUGCUAGACAAAUACAUCAUCAAAGAUCUUUGCAGGUAUGACAUGGUCAAACCCCAAACGAGCGAUCGUGCUUACUACCCAACCAGCAGGGACGUGAAAAACCACAUUCACAGGGCCCUGGUUGCUGGACAAUAUUCAGCACUGGACGUGGACAACACUGAACAAAAAAUAAACGAGUGGAAAGUAACAGAGCCAACGUCAAGCUUCCAUCUUCGUAAGUGUCAAGAGAAAUCUGGCGACGAGGAGGAAGACGACACAGGGCACUUGUUUCUGUUUGUUCACCAGACACAGCAACAGCAGGAACUACUGCGACGCUAUGGAGAGAUGGUACUCCUAGAUGCAACCUACAAGACAUCAAAGUAUGCACUGCCUCUGUUCAUCAUGGCAGUUCGCACCAACAUAGGGUACAUCCCAGUUGCAGAAUUUGUCCUUGAAGAGGAAACAUCUAGGAGUAUUGCAGAGGCUCUUCAUGUCAUAAAAGAGUGGAUGAACAGCGAUGAUGCAAAGAAGUCUUGGGAGCCAAGCUACUUCAUGACCGACUACAGUGAUGCUGAAUACCAGGCUAUCAAGAAAACAUUCCCAAACAGCAAAUGCUAUUUGUGUGCCUUUCAUAGAGAGCAAGCAUGGCUACGGUGGUCACGGGACUCAAAACAUCAGCUCUUGCCAACAGAGAGGGAGACUUUUCUCACAAUGAUGAGGAACAUUGCAAGUGCUCCAACUGAGAAUGAGUAUAAUGAGGCAGUGAGAUGCCUCAAAGAGAGUGCACUAUACAGGAUGAACAAGCAGUUACAAGCCUAUGUCAACUCGAAGUGGCUAACCAUCCCUGAGAGAUGGUGCCAGAGUUUCUUUGAGACUGGAUUCCAUGUGCAGGUUACAACAAACAAUGGAGUGGAAUCCCUUAACCACAGUCUGAAAUCGUUCCAUUUACAACUGCGUUCUCUUGGAUCACUAUCAAGUAUGCUAGAAGUUCUGACACAGGACUUUGUAAGUGCUCAAAUGCAGCGAUACGCCCGUGAAAAUUGGAGGCAGAGCACUUUCAAUAAGUCAUACAGCAUGAAAGUACCAGAUUUUCUUCACAACAGACCCAAACAUGUCAUUAAACACAUGAUGAGCAGGCUGGAGAAUUCGAAGGUGUACAAGAAAGAUGAUGUAGCAAUGACAGCACCAAGAUGCUUCAAAGUCAGAAGUGAAAGCGGAAAGCAGGGUCAAUCAUACGAAGUAAGCUUGGGGUCAGCAGAUCAGGCUCCCAAGUGUGAAUGCCAGGAUUGGAAGCAUACAUUCUUACCAUGUAAGCACUUGUUUGCAGUUCUCUCCAACUCUAACUUGACAUGGGAUGACUUACCUGUUUCAUACAGAGAGAGUCCUUAUCUGACUUUGCAGCCCCACUGGCUCACACACCCCGAAGAUUCCCUGCACAACCUCCAUGACCAUGAUGAUUCCGGUACAGAAAAAGCACCGUGUACCGAAUCCUCAUCUAGUCAGUCACAAGACAGGCCAGUAGAAGAGCCCAACAAGCAGGUCAAAUCUUCUGCCAAUGAAGUAACAACUAGACAGCAUCACCUUCAGGAAGCCAUCAAGCAUCUUCAUGAUGCAUCAUUCCUAUGUCAGGAUGCUGAUAUUCUGAAAACAGCAUCACUCCAAAUAAAAUAUCUCACCGAGAAAUUGAGCACAGGGUUUGUCAAGGAUGGGGGGCUUCCUCUGCAUUUACAGAAGGACAAAACCGCUCAAAUGACACCGCGGCAAAUACCUACCAGGAGGAAGAAGAAGACCAAAGUAAACCGCCCAACACCAAAGAAGAGUGUCAAGUUCACAGACCAGAGGACUGUUCAAGCUACAUGUGAUAGCUCCUGUAAGAAGAUGACAGGUGAGUCUCUCCAAUAA